AUGGAAUGCCUUCAUAAUUCUCUUCAGGUGGUACUACGAGAUAAAUUUGGGUUUCCGUUUCUCACGCCGAUCCAGCAGCUGGUGUUGGAGAAAAACCCAAAGCUGCAAAAGGACCUGUUAAUAUCAAGUCCCACUGGGUCUGGAAAAAGCCUUGCCUAUUUGAUUCCUAUUGUCAACGAGUUGGUGGACAGUACCAGAACAGAGGGUACUCAUGCGCUUAUCAUCACUCCUACACGCGAGCUGUCAGUUCAACUUGAGACUGUUUCCUCAAAAUUUUCCAGAAAACUUCCGCAUUUUGUGUGUGGGGCCUUGCUUUCGGGCAGCUCUCGUCAAAAAGAAAAGGCAAGAUUGCGGUCGGGCGUUUCAAUUGUCAUUGGAGCGCCUGGAAGGCUUGCAGAUCAUCUUGAAAAGACGUCCUCAUGGAAUCUGACAAAGCUAAAGUGGGUUGUCAUCGAAGAGGCUGACAGGUACCUGUAUGACAAAAACGCCAAGGAAACACUGAAAACAUUACUUUCCCUAAUCGAUUCCAAACGAAAUAGGACCGGUUGGAAGCUUGUCCUUGUUUCUGCAACUUUGCCCAAGCGACUUUCUGAAAUCGGAGGCUUCCCCCUUUCUUCUGAUAGUGUGUUGAUUUCUCUGGCAAAGGAAAAAUCCCAUGCUAUUCGGCAGCCGCUGCCUCAUGAUGUUGAGCCCGUGAAAGAGGAGCAGUGCAUGCAGAAGACUUCGAAUUUAAAUCAAUGGAUAACCACCAUCCCAACAAAGUACAGAUUGGCUGCUCUUUUGUCCUUAUUUUCACGAUGGAAGGGCACCGGCAGUAAUAUCGGUAACGGCAUCCAAGCAAACCCGUUAGUUGAGUCCAAAAAUAUCAAGAAAAAGCCGCACAUUCAAUCGAUUUUAUUUGUAUCUACUUGCGACACGGUUGAAUUUUUGUAUUCGCUGCUAACUUCCCUCGUAGAUAGGAAUUCCGUCGAAGAAAGGAAUGGAAAGCUCGCUGCCGGUGAAGGAGGGAGGGCCAGGCAAGAGCCAGCGUCUAAAAAUACCGCRCCUUCUUCYAAAAACUAUCCUCAAUCCAAAAGCCCGCCAUGCACAGACAUCAACCACAAUGCCCUCCUCAACACCAAGAUAUUCAAGCUUCACGGUUCUCAGACAUCAACUCAAAGGGCACAUGUUAUCGAGGAGUUUAGGAAAUUUUCGUCGUCAGAAAGCUUUCUUCUCAUCACUACAAGUGUGGGGGCUCGAGGCCUCGAUUUCCCGCAACUACAACUUGUCCUCCAAUGGGAUGCACCGCUUGAUUUGUCCGAAUACAAGCACAAAAUUGGCCGCACCGCUCGGUGGCAAGGUAGCGGGGACGCCGUAUUGCUUCUGAUGCCAAACGAAGAGGAGCCGAUUCGUUCUGCUUUGUGUUUGUCCAGUGCGUCCGACGAUUGUGAUGAAAAAAUUUGUCCCCAAAAUCUCAAAAUCGAUCAGUCUUUUAGUGUAAAAGAUGAAGAGGACAACACGGCAUUUGACAAAAGAUCCGAAUGCUACAAAUGGAUUUCCAUCAUCGAUUCAACCAUCUAUUCAGGCAGCAAUGAGAACAGAAAAACUCCCAACCACGAUAUUUGUACUCGGGAAAUGACUCUUUUGGAUAAGGCAAAAAAAGCGUUCAUAGCGUCCCUUAGAGCAUAUGCCACCUAUCCCAUAUCUAUUAGACGAGCCGGAGUGCACCCCAAAAAAUUGCACUUGGGGCAUUAUGCAAAAUCUUUUGGCCUUCGAGAGACUCCAGGUGAAGUCGGAUCUCUUUCUGUAAUUUAUGGCGGGCAUCCAUCUUCUCAAGGAACAAAAUCAGAAAGAGCCGCCAUCGAACGAAAAGCUGCAUUUAGGGCUGGCGUGAAGCGGCCAUUGCCCAGCGAGACACAAUCUGAGCCAACGACGCUCUUUUCGAGCCAAGCCACAUGUGCCGCUGAAAAUAUCAAGAUUUUCAUCCGAAUUCGGCCUUUAUCUGAAGCCGAAAUAUCGGCAUCCUCUCUGCAGUGUCUUUCAGUGGAGGGAAAUAAUUCUUUAUUGCUACGGCACCCAUCAAUAGGCCUGAGCGGGGGUCGUGUUGAGCAGCAAACAUUUGAUUACGUUGGAGGCCCAUCUACGACGCAGGAGCAGAUUUUUUCCUACAUUGGGAAAAACAUGACCGAAUAUUGCCUUCAAGGAUAUAAUGCAACGAUCUUUGCAUAUGGCCAAACGGGCUCUGGAAAGACUUAUACCAUGCUCGGUCCAAACAUUACUGAUAGCUGCGUAGGUAUGUUUGAAAAUCUUUCGCCGCAAUUAGAUUCUGCAGUUUCUGGAAUUAUUCCCAGAAUACUGGUGUACAUGUUCGAUUCAAUCAGCAAUGCAGAAAAAGAGGCUUCUGUUCAGUACAUCUGCAAAUGCUCGAUGAUUGAGAUUUACAAUGAGGYUGUUUAUGACCUUUUGGAUUCUGCCAUUCCUACAUGCAGUAUGUUACCUUUUCAACAUUUCAUAGCUCUGCGCGAAGAUGUCGUUAAAAAGAGCGUAUUUGUUGAAGGGGCUUUGGAGAUGCGGGCCACAACAGCUUCGCAGGCUCUUGAGGUAAAUUUGGUUGUUGUUAUCAAAGAUACUUGCGAUGGGGGCAAGAAAUCGAACAGUCGGGGCCACCGCUUUGAACAAAGAGAGCAGUAG